AUGGUAGUUGCUCUUGACAUGUUCAGCUUCGUAGGGCAUACUAAGGUCCAAGUAUCGACGAUUGUCGCCCUUGUCCUGCUCGUCCUACAAAAUGCAGCGUCAAUCAUCUUACAACACAAAAUCCAGUCCCACACCAGCACCGAGAACAAACCCUUCGAUCCACUGACAGGCAUCCUUCUGUCUGAAUUCCUCAAACUGACCAUCUCCCUCCUCUGCAUUACCCAAACAGCAGAAGAGCCCAAAUCACUCGUCACGACUCUCAAAGCAAACCACGAAGAAGCCACCCUCCCCGCCCUCCUCUACACAGCCGCAUCCUUCGCGCAAAGCAUCGGCGCCUCCUCCCUCGAUCUCCUCCCCUACCUCGCCCUCUCCCAAACAAAGCUCAUCCUCACCCCCUUCCUCGCAACCCUCCUCCUCAACCAAAGAUUCACCCUUCAGCAUUGGACCUCCACCCUCACAAUGACAGCGGGGAUCAUCCUCGCCCAGACAGGCGCCAACGCCUCAGCAGAAAGUCAGCAUCGCACCAUAGCGAACGUCCACCCGCAUCCGCUCCCAGGCGUCCUCGCCAUGCUCUUGUCUGGUUCAUGCGUCGCACUAGGAAGCCUCUACAUCGAACGAUCCCUCAAGCGCGCCGCGACCACAGCCUCAAUUACAACCACAAACGCCUUCUUCAUCCGAAACGCACAGCUCGCCGCGCAUAGUCUCCUCUUCGCACUACUCUCCUUCCUCUGGAAGGCAAAAUGCAGGAUAGAUGCAUCCAGCUUCUUUGCGGGGUUUACCGGCUUGGUGUGGCUGUUUGUAGUCUUGCAGGCGUCCGGUGGAUUCCUGGUUGCGUGGUGUGUGAGGGUUACGAGUUCUGUGACGAAAAACUAUGCGCAGGGGAUGGGCUUUGCGAUUGCGGUUGCGGGGCCGUUGGUUGUUGAGUCGAAGGAUGUCGAUCCAAAGCUUUUGUUUGGGGUGGUGCUGGUGUUGGGUGCGGUGGUUGGGUCGGCGUUUGCGGGGCAGAGUGUGAGGGUAACUAGUACGAUGGACAAGAGGGAGGUGAAGAGUAUGGUGUAG